AUGUGCACGGCCCGCCCCGCCCUCCCUGGCGCGCCCGGCCCCGCCGCACGGGGACAGGAGCCGCGCGCGCCUCGCCGGGGCGCCCCCACAGCCCGCUGCGACCGCGCCGGGGAGCGGCGGAGGCCCCGAGCGGCCGAGGAGAGCGGAGGCGGCCGGCCAGCAGCGCCCCGGGGCCCGCGCCCUCCCGAGGGGGCGCAGCAGGAGCGGCGGGAGGCGGCGGAGGGAGGCCCCGGCGCCAAGAUGCCGCGGCCCUGGGCCCUGGCGCUCCCGCUGCUGCUCCCCUGGGUGGCAGGUGGAUCGGGGGACACGGCCAGUACUAACGGGUGGCUCUUGACCCACAGUGCAAAGGAUCGUGGGCUGUCGACGUCCACACCGCAGCCCGGGCUCUGUCGCUACGGAACUAAGCUGGCCUGCUGCUAUGGCUGGAGAAGGAACAGCAAGGGAGGCUGUGAAGCUUUGUGUGAACCCGGAUGCAAGUUCGGGGAGUGCGUGGGACCGAACAAAUGUAGAUGCUUCCCAGGAUACACCGGAAAGACGUGCAGUCAAGACGUGAAUGAGUGUGGACUAAAACCCCGGCCGUGCCAACACAGAUGUGUGAACACACACGGGAGCUACAAGUGCUUUUGCCUGAGCAGCCACGUGCUCAUGCCGGAUGCCACGUGUGCGAACUCCAGGACGUGUGCCAUGACAAGCUGCCAGUACAGCUGCGAAGACACAGAGGAAGGGCCUCGCUGUCUGUGUCCGUCCUCGGGGCUCCGCCUGGCGCCGAAUGGAAGAGUUUGUACAGAUAUCGACGAAUGUGCCUCUGGGAAAGCUGGCUGCCCUUACAGUCGAAGAUGCGUGAACACAUUUGGAAGCUACUACUGCAAAUGUCACGUUGGUUUUGAACUGAAAUAUGUCCGUGGCCGCUAUGACUGUGUAGAUAUAAACGAAUGUGCUGGGAAUACCCAUCCGUGCAGCCUCUAUGCCAACUGCCUCAAUACCCAAGGAUCCUUCAAGUGUAAAUGCAAGCAGGGAUACAGAGGCAAUGGCCUUCAGUGUUCCGUGAUCCCUGAAAAUUCUGUGAAGGAAGUCCUCACGGCCCCUGGUACCAUGAAAGACAGAAUCAAGAAGUUGCUGGCUCACAAAAACAGCAUGAAAAAGAAGAUAAAAAUCAAAAAUGUCAUCACAGAACCUUCUGGAACUCCUGCCCCUGAGGUCAACCUGCAGCCCCUCAACUCUGAAGAGAGUGUUUCCAGAGGUAGGAACUCUGAUGGAGGAAAAAACCGAAAUGAAGAGAGAAAGAAAGAGGGGCUCGAGGAAAAGAAGAGAAAGGAGAAAACCCUGAAGCACCACGUGGAGCGGGAGCAAAGCCUUCGAGGAGAUGUGUUUUCCCCGAAGGUGAACGCAGCGGGUGAAUUGGGUCUGGUUCUGGUCCAGAGAAAAGCUGUCACAUCCAGGCUGGAACACAAAGAUUUAAAUAUCUCAGUUGACUGCAGCUUUGAGCACGGGGCCUGUGACUGGAAACAGGAUAUAGAAGAUGACUUUGACUGGAAUCCUGCUGAUCGAGAUAAUGCUGUUGGCUACUAUAUGGCAGUUCCGGCCCUGGCAGGCCGUAAGAAGGACAUCGGCCGCCUGAAACUCCUGCUCCCGGACCUGCAGCCCCAGAGCAACUUCUGUUUGCUCUUUGAUUACCGGCUGGCCGGAGACAAAGUCGGGAAACUUCGAGUGUUUGUGAAAAGCAGUAACGACGCCCUGGCAUGGGAGGAGACCAGGAGCAAGGACGAAAGGUGGAAGACGGGGAAAAUUCAGUUGGAGCAAGGGAUCAGCACUACCAAAAGUAUCAUUUUUGAAGCAGAACGUGGCAGGGGAAAAGCCGGAGAAAUUGCAGUGGACGGCGUCUUUCUGGUUUCAGGCUUAUGUCCAGAUCGCCUUUUAUCUGUGAAUGGUUGAAUGUGACCGUGGUCUUUUGCAUCUUUAUAUUCGGCUUUUUAUGUCAGUUCUCUGUUUUCUGAUAUUACACCAUAGAUUCCCCCACUUUAGAAAUACAAACUGAAAAGUUGUAAUGUACCAACAGAAACAUUAUUGUCACACGCCUUUCUUGUAUAAGACGUGCCAAGAGUUGCUUUAAAUGUAGUGCCACUGUG